AUGAACACAGUGAAAUCAGUCUACUAUGGCUGGGCAACCCUAAUCGCCGCCGGCGGAGGAGCCUACUACUUUGCGAAGAAAUCCAUCAACGCGGACCGCGCCAGCAAAGCAGAAGCCGACCGACAGAAGCGCGCGCGUCAGUUCCAGCUCGAGCAGGCGCAUGGCCUGCACGGUGCAUCCACAUCCAACCCUGCAUCCAGCGCCGCAGGGACGUCGUCCAACCCCACAAUCUCGCCCAACGCAGUAGUAUCCUCCAACACCACAUCGCCACUAUCCAGCACCGACAAACAAAGCACAGCCGCGGGCAUCAGAAGGGAGGACCGCGGUGGCGACGGAGGAGAUGGAACAGGGAAUCCGAGUCUGCAGGCUAGCGCAGACCCCGCUGCUACGCGACAUGCACCACAGGUAGAGGGAGGGGAGAAGAGCAAGUAUGAGGCUAGUGACGUGUAUCGAAGUCGCAAGGGGGAUCGCUUUUCGUAG